UGCUGACGAUAGCACUGCAUUCUAAUCUAAUAGAAUGGCCCUGAGCUUGUUAUGAGGAGUGGGGAGUGAGAAAACAAGUGUGGGAAUGCCAAAGCUAGCCUGACCUGAACCUGAAUGCCAGACACAAGGCCAGAUGAAGUUCAACUGUUUUCAUUCCAAUGAUGUGAUGCUGAUUGGUAAUGAAUGAGUAGCCUUUACUGGAGCAGAAUAGCCGCGUGUGUGCGUGUGUGCGUGCGUGUGUGUGUGUGUGUAACAGCAUUGCAGUGUUGGUGAACUGUUACCAUGAGUGUCACCAUCUGUGGUGACAGUCAGAGGAGGGGCCACCAGGUGUUGUCUGGCCCCUGCACACCAACUCCUGGUGUCAUUAGCUGGAGGGGAGAACGAGGGUAAAUACCACAUUACCCAUCAUGCUCAGAUGGAAGGAAAUGGUUAGCGUUCGCCCAGUAUAAUGAUGCCAACUGCAGGGGUUAUCUACAGGCAAAUAGUUUCUCAUUAAAAAACAAGUUGAACAUAUUAACCUCAGUUACACUGUACUCAGGAACAGGACACCUCACCACAAAGUUAUGUAAUGCCACUGAAGGGAUGCCAGCUUUAAGGAAAAGUCUACAGUACCCAUACACUCUUGUAAACAAGGUUGCAUCCAACACUUCACUGAGGGAGAGGUUAUCAACUUUACACGCUCACUAGGUUCCAUCCCUUAAAAGGAGACCCCCAGGAAAAGUGGUUAAACCUCAAGGUAGGCGCUGAAUCGGCAGAAGCAGACAGGGCACACAUCAACAGAAGAACUGGAGGAUCCUCCACCUCAGCACUCAGUGAUUUAGUCUUUUGUUCAUGGCGGUUGUCCAGGGACACCCAGGAAGACGAGCUUGACAGAGUUUCAACACCGCCCCUUUGCUGAACAACAGGAUUUUCACCCUGGACCGCUCCAAGAUGUUCUUCCAGAUCCCUAGGUUGACUCCUGGGUACAUACGAUAUCUGCAGACCCAGGCCAUGCUGAACAUGAACCAGAAGGCAAGGAAAGAUGGAGUGAUGGUCAUGCCCCGCCUGGCUGUGCUUCUGGGGGCUCUGGGGAUCGGCAUGUGUGGAUACAGCUCCAAACAGCUGGCCCUCCACCACCGCCCCUCCGCCCGCUUCCUGCAGUGGACCAGCCCAAUCACAGACUCCGCGACCAGCUCCCUGGCCCAGGCGAGGGUAGCCCCAUCCUUCAUGGAGCUACCACACCGCUCCAGUGGCUGUCAGGAUGUCCCGCCUCCCUCCUUUGCUAUCCAGAAAGUGAAUCCUUAAAAUCUGCAACUCUGUUUUCGAAUGACUCAACAUUCGUCCUGAAUUCUGUAUAUUUAUAUAUAUAUAUAUGAUCUUUCAUCCAUUGUAACAUAACUAACCUAUAGGAAAUGACGGUGUGCAAUAGCACAUCUGUGCAAUAUUUCAGUCACUUGAUAAGCAGUGAUUGAUUGACCUUGAGACGUCUUUGCGAUUGCUUAGUGAGGUCAGCAAUAAAGUGUCAUCUUAAAUAGUUUCAUUCUGAGACUGCAUGUGCCUUCUUUGUGUUAAUGGGUAAAAAAAAGACUGGCAUGAACUCACAGUCCACAGAUGGUUGGUAUCCCCCACCACACCCCACCCCCUUGCCUGUCCGGGCAGUGGGCCAUUAUUUGUUCAGUGCUGGGACAAGCUUGAAUGGAUUUCAGUGGAUGAGGAGCAGGUGCCAUCCGUCAGUGGGCAAGGCUGGCAUUGACUGUCACAGUCUGUAGUGAAAGAUACAGGUGGAAUUUUCCCAUGUAUUAAACUAUUUCCUUCUCUCUUCUUUUCCUUCUAUGUAGUUACUCAGAAUACACACAUG